AUGUUUGAUUCGAGCAUUUUCAGACUAGAGGCCGAAGGUCUACGUGAUGAUGCGAUAAUCGUCGGCGGAGCGUUCAACGCUCAACUUCACGAGACGGACUUGUUGACGUAUCUUGCUAAAACGCAAAUGGUGCAAACUGUAGCAAAGAAAGACGACUCAGGGAAAGUUGAAGCUAUCGAGCAAUAUGACCGACAUGGCAGGAACGUCACGACAGUCGAACGCCAACGAUUCGAUUUGCAUUCUAUUCAUGACUGGUUCUUCCGACUUGGUCGAGGACAAAUGGUGAAGAAGUGUGUCCUUGCUCUCUCGAUCUUAGAAUUCUCAGAAAUCUUUGUAAUGCUUUCGAAAUUGCUGUAUUCCAGAUACAAUGGCGAACUGGCUCCGGUCACGUUUAAGGGUCAACUCAAGGAACAAAGUGUCUUCUUCCAGCCAUCUCGACAUUACGCUAUCAACGAGCAAACUGGUAAAGAAGAAUUCAUGCGCACGUUGUGCCCAGCUUGGGCGGAUCGCGUUCUUUACAAUGAGAAGAUGGACAAGCUUUUCCGAUAUGUGAGUGCUUAA